UUUCCGAGAGCUGAGAAAGUCGGAAAGCAGCAGAAAACACGCGUUGAAAUCCCUAGACGCCUGUUCCGAGGCUAUACGACACCGAUCCAAACGAACCCUCGGCCACGAUCCGUAAAAAAUUCGUGCUAUUCCGCUAGAUAAUUUUGUUUAUUCAAGAAGAGAAAAUCAAGAAAACUAGAGCAUAAGAACAAGGGAAGAGGAGAGAAAGAUCAAGAAUCCUGAAAUGGGGAGGGGUAAGAUUGAAAUCAAGAGGAUCGAGAACACCACAAACCGUCAGGUUACUUUCUGCAAGCGAAGGAAUGGCCUUCUCAAGAAAGCCUAUGAAUUAUCUGUUCUCUGUGAUGCUGAAGUCGCCCUCAUUGUCUUCUCAAGCCGCGGCCGUCUCUACGAAUACUCCAACAACAGCAUAAAAGCAACAAUAGAGAGGUAUAAGAAGGCAUGUGCAGAUAGUUCUAACACCACCUCCAUCACACAAGCCAAUUCCCAAUACUAUCAACAAGAAGCAGCGAAGCUACGCCAGCAAAUACAAAUCUUACAAAAUGCAAAUCGGCACUUAAUGGGCGAUGCUUUGAGUUCACUCACCGUUAAGGAACUCAAGCAACUCGAGAACAGACUCGAACGAGGAAUCACACGUAUCAGAUCAAAGAAGCAUGAAUUGUUAUUCGCAGAAAUUGAAUACAUGCAGAAAAGGGAAGUGGAGCUACAGAAUGAUAACCUGUACCUUCGAGCUAAGAUAGCUGAAAACGAGCGGGCCCAGCAAGCAAAUGUGCUACCGGCGCCUGAGUUCGACACGCUGCCGUCAUUCGACUCUAGGAACUACUUCGAAGCAAACAUGCUGGAGGCAGCAUCCCACUAUUCGCAUCAAGAUCAAACAGCCCUUCAUCUUGGGUAAUUUGGAUGGAGAAUAAGUACUUCAGAUGAUUUAAAUAAGUAUAUAUGCAUUCAAAUGUAUAAUUGUCUUCUUUAGUUAUCUGAUUAAUCUUUAUAUGUUAAUGUUCCUAUGCAUACAUGCAUGCAUGUAUGCAUGCACACAUGUAUACGCAUGCAUGUAUGUAAAAAAAAAACCAAGGUGUGUAUCAAGUCACAAGAGUAUGCUUGUGAACUUUUCAUGGAGACCAUGUUUCUAUUCAUUUAUUAUAUGAUUUGAUAAAAUUACCUCA